CGCCCAGUCCGACGCUGUCGCCAGAAUUGUCCAAUAUCCUUUCCCUCUCUAAAAUAUCUUAAUCUUAAAAAAAGUAAAAAAGAAAAUUCAGAAAACAGAUCAUUUUGUUCACGAAACACGAAGCAACCAAACCAAAUCAAACGAAACAAGAAACAGAAAACUAGAACUAGGGUUCCCAAAUUCUCUCCCGGUAUUUCCCGUGAAAAUUCCCGGGAAUAUUUGAGCUCCGUUUACUCAGCUUCAGUUCCUUUUUCUUUUCCAAUUCCAGGAUUCCGUAUUUGAGGGAAAAGGGCAAACCCGUACACAUAUAUAUUUUCCAAGGGAGGGAUUUUUGUGAUAUUUUUCAUUGUACAAAUUUAUGGGAUAUUUCCUGAUUUAGGGUUUAAAGUAGUUUUUAUUGGUAGUCGAUGGAUUCUGCAAAUACGACCCCGUCAACCAGUGAGGUCAAAUGUUGUGAAUGCGAGUGUAAUUGUUCUAUAACAAACAGGUCCUUUUCGGGGACUUGGAUUCGGACAGUGAAGCGAAAAUUGGACGAAUAUGAUGAAAUUGAGAAGAAAUUUGUUAUCCCGGGUCUGAUUUUGCCUCAAACAGCUCGUAUAGACAUGGAGAACGAGUGUGUUGCUCUUAGGGAAAUGGUUGGGAGCCAACAGGAGACAAUUCAAGAACUGAGUGUCGAGUUGGAGGAAGAGAGGAAUGCGGCUUCCUCGGCUGCGAACGAAGCCAUGUCGAUGAUCUUGAGGUUGCAAAGGGAAAAAGCCGAGUCACAAAUGGAGUUUAGGCAGUUCAAGAUGUUCACGGAGGAGAAAAUGGCGCAUGAUCAGCAGGAAAUAAUGGCGUUGGAGGAUUUGUUGUAUAAGAGGGAGGAGACGAUCCAGUCGUUGACUUGUGAGGUGCAAAUGUAUAAGCAUAGGAUGUUGAGUUAUGGGCUGUUGGAGUCUGAGGUUGAGUAUGAUGGUGAGAUAGAGAAGGCUCGUUAUGGCCGAAAUGAUAGUGUCAGCGAGGGCAUUGAUGACCGUUUUGAAAUUUCUUUGUAUGAUUACCCUCCCUUGAAAUGCACUAUUAAUGAAAACCAAGUGUACACAGAGGUGGAUAAUGAGGUUGUGGACGUUGAGAAAUAUGCGUUCGGAGAGACCCCACGAUCAUGUGACCAAUUGCGAGAUUUGGAUCAGAGGAUCAAUCGGUUAGAAUUGAUGCCAAGUAGUCAGACUGAUGGGGAAGUAUUUAAUAACGAUAUCCUUGAAAAAGCAAUAGUCACUCAAUUCCCUCCCGUAACAAAUAAAGAAAUAAGCUCUGAUUUUAUCUCAGGUUCUCCGAAGUACGGUGGAAGUGUUGGAAAAACAGAAAAUUCGCAAACAGAGGAGUAUGCAAACUUGAGGAAGGUGGACGAGUCAUCGGAAGUUGGAGGUGAAUUGAACGACAGAGUGUAUACAAUUGACUCUAUACAUCAGGGUUCUGGAUAUAAUGGUACCUCAGAGCCCAAGGCUUCUGCAGGAAUAGGUGAUGGGCAUACCCCAAGAGAUUCGCUGAAUCAUACCGAUUUUGGAGAUCCUGAGGUCACGAAGCUGUACCUUAGGCUGCAGGCCCUCGAGGCUGAUCGGGAAUCAAUGAGGCAGGCUAUCGUUUCUAUGCGGACUGAUAAAGCACAUCUGAUAUUGCUUAAAGAAAUUGCUCAGCAGUUGUGCAAAGAAAUGUCUCCAGCAAGGAGGACGCCUGUGAGGAAGACAUCUGUAGUCACGAGCUUUUCAUUCAUUUCAAUAUUCAAGUGGAUAAUAUCCUUCGUCUUGUGGAGAAGGAAAGCUCGUCGAUCCAAGUACUUGUUUGGUUUGUCAGCCAGCAAUGCGGGCUUGCUAAUGCUUUUAGACAAGGGACCUCGUGUUGGCCAAUGGAGAUGUCUUUCAAGUACGCAGGUGUAACACCAAUCCCAUUGGUCCACAUCGGCUUCCGAAUCUCUUGCACUCAUUGGCAUGAAUGCAGAAUCGAUUUUAGUCAAGAUUAGUUGUUUUUGGAUGUUCAUUUUUCCUCGCCGUAUAUGCCUUGCUGCUGCUAAUUUGAGUACUGGAUUACUUCAUGCAAGUUGUUUUCACUUGAUUGUUGGAAUUGAAUGCGUCUUGCUGAAACAGUCGGCACAAUUAUAGGUGUUCCUUAGCCAUAUGGCUUUUAGUUCUCCUGGUCUGUUGGAAUUUCCCUUUAGGUAGUUUACUUCUGUAUAUUGUAGAUUUGUGAAUAACCUUUUUUAGGGUCCCAAUCAGAAAUGAAUGCUUUGUUUUGUGAUUGGGACAUGAUUGAUUAAAUCGAAUAUGAGUGCAAUUUUUCCAUUUGUUUUCCCA